CACAGCCUGGCAGCCUACCUGGACAGGCACAAACCGGCAGCCUACCGGGACAGACACAGGCUGCCAGCCUUCCAGGACAGACACAGAUGGGCAGCCUACCAGGACAGGCACAAACCGGCAGCCUACCGGGACAGACACAGACUGAAAGCCUACCGGGACAGACACAGGCUGCCAGCCUUCCAGGACAGACACAGAUGGGCAAACUACCAGGACAGACACAGACUGGCAGCUUACCUGGACAGACACAAACUGGCAGCCUACCUGGACAGGCACAGACUGGCAGCUUACCAGGACAGACACAUGAAAGCCUACCGGGACAGACACAGGCUGCCAGCCUUCCAGGACAGACACAGAUGGGCAGCCUACCAGGACAGACACAAACUGGCAACCUACCUGGACAGACACAGACUGGCGAACUACCUGAACAGACACAAACUGGCAGCCUACCUGGACAGACGGAGACUGGCAAAAUACCUGAACAGACACAGUCUGGCAGCCUUCCUGGACAGACAAAAGAAGGCAGUUUGCCCUCAAAACAAGAAGGUGACGCACCCAAACAACCACAGGCUACCAAUGUACUGACAAAUCAAGCCAGUGGGUUACCAGCACAGCAACCGGCCAGUGCUCUACCAACACAGUCACAGACAGGUGAAAAUCAGGGACAGUUGAGCAAGCAAUCAUCACAGGUUCCUGCUUCUUUGUCUUCUACAUCCCCAAGUGCAACAGGUGCUGGCGUUACUGUGUCAGUCACUACAUUGGGAGUGUCUGUGAAAGAUUUAAUUAGCUCCACUGCAACCAGCUUUUGGGCCUCUACUGGUAAGUUAAAUUUCUGA